UGACACGUCAUCGAGGCGAGGCCCCGCCUCUGCACGGAUUUGUUGUGAAAACAGUCGCACCCUCUGAACUCGAGUUCUCGAUUUUCUGAACUUCUCGUGCCCUGACUCGGCGUCUUUCAAAUAUCGCCUUCAAGAUUGCGUUAAUAGCUAUGUCAGAGGCCGCAGUCUGAUUUUUACAAAACUUGAGUGUUGUGGAGGGUCACGGACGCCACCACACGACCUCUGCGGUUACCUUUGACAGUUGCGCCUUGCUCCUUUGUGUGUUUAUUGGCUGUAUGAAGGAUUCGCUCUGUGUCAGAAGUAGUGAGAAGUUCGCUGUGCAAUCCAUGCAAAACGCAAAGUUUCCAACUGCUUGCGGUAGACGUUUCGACCACCCCAAGCCCGUCCCUCGGACUACGAGCAAAGAAGCAGACGCAUGCAGUGUUCGUUGUGUAGUUGUCCAUCACAUGUUGUGCUGCUUAAUUUUCCGAAAAUUCAACGACGUUGAAGCUGCAGCAUAGCGACAAUGCCGUUGACGAUUUCCAUGAUGCUACCAGGCAUCACCGAGACUUGUUCAUCGUCGCCGUACAAGGACUGUUGGCUGUGCGAAGCAGUGACGCACUGGAACUUCUGCCUGCGCUGUUUCUGUCUCGAACUGGAGGAGGAAGAGCCCGGGAACUUGUGUCUGCGGACUUUGAGCAACGCCUGGCGAUACGAGAUCGAUACGUUUGACGACAACGGCGUAAGCUACAACACGAUAUAUGUUCUCAAGCGCCUUUCCCGUCAGCACAGGUGCAUCAAAAGGCUCAGCCUUAGCCAUGAUGUGUUCGCCUCUCUGAGGGCUCCACCCCCAAUCGAAACAGUAACAGCGAGCGCUGUUGAGUGCAUAGAGAUUUCCGGAGGCGCAACUUAUUAUUGGAAUCUAUUGCUCAAUGCUGUAGGCGACGUCGUCACCUUAAAGAGCCUGCGUAUAGAAGGCGUUGUCGUCGACAGUAACCUGAUAUCGAGACUCGCCGAACUUUUUGCGGCAAAUAGAGGAUGUCUGCAGGAACUCGCCAUUUCCGCAAGCGAGCUACUCCCAAACAUACCCAGGCAGCUGAUUUGUGCCGUCAAUCAGUGUAAAGCCCUGACUGCGUUGUCAAUUGGUGGCCAUCUGACGUUAGAGGCUACCACUGCCUUGGAACAACUUCUGCAGUCAAACAAGUGUAUCCAGAAGCUUUCUCUUCGAGAUAGAGGAAGCAACCAAGCUUUUUUAAGCGCGCUCUGCAGUGGGCUUAGUUUGAACUUCUCGCCCACGGAGCUGCAAUAUGAAUGUGCAAAUUUGAACUUCGGAGAGCUGCUCAAGCUGCUCAGGUUCAACCGAGUGCUAAAGCAUCUAGUUUUGAGCGGCGACAAGCGCAAACCGGGAAUGUUUCGAAAACAUGAUGGCAUGUCGUUGAACACUCUCUUGGCACAUAAUACUGGACUUUGCAGCUUGGCAGUUCGUCACUGCACUUGGACCCUUGAUGCCGCUGAAGAAGUUGCUACUGGGAUCUCGCUUAAUGGCUCUUUGGAGCGUUUUGACCUUUCUCAGUGUCACCUGACCUUUAAUGCAGUGCUGACAUUGUGCAAUGGACUCGACACCAAUGAUACUUUGAAGCUGCUCGUGUUUCAUCCCACGGAGAAAUUCGUGCAUCCGCCGGCUGAUCUGUCUGGAAAGCUGGUGGCUGCCCAAUGGUUCGCUCGUGUGGUCACAACUUGGCCCGAGGCAUAUGUGCCGGCUCUCAUCAAAGCCCUGAAGGUGCCUGCACUGUGCCCGACAGAGCUGCACAUCGGAUGCUCCGGGUAUUCUGACAGAUCCUUUGCACAGCUGUGUGCAGCCCUUGGAUCCAGCACUGUAAAGCACCUCUUUGUGAAAUUCUGCAACUGUGACUGUAGGCCGGCGAUGCGGUUGCGUGAAGCACUCAUUGCCAACUGCUCCAUCAAGACGCUUGCAUUGCAGGAGGACAGCAUCUCUCGCGAUACGUGCUUUGUUGUGGCGGGAGCCUUAUCGCGAAACAGAACAGUGACCGAAAUUUCCCUCCGCAUCAGCGAGCUAAAUCAGAGAAAUGUAAAAUAUCUCUCGUCAAUAGCAACCAGCAGUGAUGCCUUGGAAAAAGUGUCUCUAAACUGCAUCACUACAGUACCGUGGUUUGCGGACUACCUACGCGGCAUUUCCUUUUGGCUGAAGCGUAACGGUACACUAACAGGUUUUUGCAUCUUUGAAGAGAGAAACGGCAUUGAAUUCUUAGUUGCUGAAGUCAAGGAGUGUGUGGAUAAGAAUCGGAGACAGUGGAACUGCGCUCUCAAAUUUGUGCUUGACCCCUGCAUCAACAAGGGCUGGGCAGAGGCGUUCGAGUCGUUGCAUAAAAAGCCUCGUUUCCUCCUACGCAUUGCGGCUGCCUCAGGAAUGUCUUUGGAAGAUGCGUCGAGAAUGGUGAAAUCGGCUAAGCAUUUCAUUGCGAGAAACUACCUUUUAAUAACUGGAGUGGUGUCUCAAGGUGUCACUUGCCAUCCUCAUCAGAGGACUCAAGUGGACAGCCUGAACAGCGACUGCUGGCUCGCCAUUGGGCGGUACCUAGAUGUGUCUGAUGUGCUUGACGAAAGUAGCGUACCUGUCGCGAAUUCGGACCAUUACUAUGGUUUUACGAAUGUUUCGUCUAGUUGAACGAAAAAUUCCGUCCACUAAAGAGUUCAACUGCAGAUUAACUAUAAUAAGACCAAUUUUGUCAUCUUUACCUCGCAUCAGAGAUCGCCUGAGCACCUUCAAUCCAUUUCCAUCAACAAUCACCUAAUCACUGCACUUCAUCACUGCACCUAUUUAGGUGUUGAAUUUGAUCGCCACCUUAAGUUUCACCUUCACAUAGCUAACGUAAAAAAGAAAAUGGCAUAUGGAAUAUGCAUUCCAUUUAAAGCACGACCAUAUUUCUCAUUUUCUACUCUAAUGUCGCUGUAUUACGCUUUUGUUCAUUCUCAUAACUAUAACAUUGUAUCAUGGGGAAACAUAACAGUCACCUAACGUCAUUGCAAGUCAUUCAAAAUCAAGCUAUUCGUCUAAUAACAUUUUCAUCUUGUUGCAUUAGCGCGAAUGAAUUAUUACAUGCUCAUAAUAUUGUUAUGGGAAAAGAAAGGUUUAAAUUAUAUUUACAGAAUAUUUACAAAGCGCCCACUGGCAUACAAGGCAUACAAGAUGCAACACCAGUCCGCGCGACAUCAGAGAGCGUUGUCGUCGUAUUCGGUAUUGUCCUCAGCGUUGUCUCAAGCAUUGCUUGGUAACAAUAUUUUGAAUGUGACAGAUCUUGUUAAAUAUAACCUCGGAAUUUUUAUUUUUAGGGCAAUGAACAAUAAUAUUCCAGUAAGCAUCAUACCAAAGACAUCUCUUAUUAACAUGAAUAAUACCAAAUUUGCAGAGAAUAUGAACUUUAUUUUGCCCAGUGUUUGCACCAACUACGGCAAGCAGUCAUUACACUUUUCAGCUUUAUCUCUCUGGAAAACAUUACCAUUUCUUUUAAAAUUGUUGAAAACUCACAGGUUUCAUACAGAACUUAAGCACUUUCUUUUAGCUUCAUCCGACUGUCAUUUUUCAGUGUAGUAUGUGUUUUUUUGUUCAUUUUUUUACUUUAACUGUGUUUCUCUGUUCCUGGUUUACAGUUUUCCCUAUUAUUGACUAAUCCGCAGCCUUGUUAUGCAUUCAACUGCGGCAUUUCUUUCUCUUUCAUUUAUGCCUUGUCUUCUUAAAACCUUUUUUAUUGUAAACUUUACAUGUUGCCAUUGUUGUUUGUAUUAAUAAUUCUUGUCAUCAUGCAUAGGAGGUCCCAUUUCAGUUUCUAACUACGGGACCUCCUUCUGUAUAUACUUAUCAUGUAAGUAUCCCCGUUUUUGUAUUAAAUAAACUGAUUCUGAUAACCGA